AUGUAUGCUGAAGAUUAAUAGCUGGUCUAACUAAUGAUGAUAGCUCAGUUGGUAUUUCAGCUAAAAGACCAGAAGAUUAUGAUGUUUUUAUUUUAUCUACAACCAAAAUCUAUUGGAUUAUAAGCAAGAGAAACAGAUAGAGAACACUUAUUUAUCGAUUAAGAAGGAACAGCUGAUAUUUCAUCAUCAUCCAGAUUCGGUAUUAUAGAGGCUCUUGUAACAAAGAGAUUAUUUGAAGGAUUAAUUGUUCUUUAUUAAUUGGAAAAAAUAACAGUUCCAGAUAAGGGCAGAAAUCAUUGUUGCAUAACAUUUUGA